AUGGAUGUAGUGAAGCUGGCUCUGGAGAAGGGGAGCGGGCAGCAGGCUCUGGCGGCCGUUGCAGCUGUUGCUCUGGCUCCAGCCUUGGCUCCGGCUCCGGCUCCGGCUUCGGCUUCGGCUCCGGCUCUGGCUCCGGCUCCCGCUCCUGCUCGCAGCCGCCUACUUCUUCUGCCCCGGCCACCGCAGCCACUGCUGCCCCUCCAGCAGUCAGAGAUGCUGCCACUCCUGCCCAGCAACCAGCACCGGCUCCGGGCUCGGAGGAAAAGAAAGGAGCUGCUGCUGGGCCAGGUCUGCUUUCUGGGCUCGCUCCUGCUGCUCCUCUCGUCCCUGGGUAACUGGGCUGAGAAAGCCGGUUAUUAUAUCUUUGACCAUAUGGAGGCAAACGACAAGUGGAAUGGGAGGAGAUUACUGCAAAAGAAUGAUACCUUGAUUCCAGAGAACAUGGAACCCCUGCCUGGUAAAAACUGCACUGAACCAGCUCUCCAUGAAUUCCCAAAUGACAUCUUUACAAAUGAGAAACGACGACAAGGAGCUGUGGUUUUACAUGUCCUCUGUGCCAUGUACAUGUUCUAUGCUUUGGCCAUCGUGUGUGAUGACUUCUUUGUUCCCUCCUUGGAAAAGAUUUGUGAACGCCUCCAUCUCAGCGAAGAUGUGGCUGGAGCCACUUUCAUGGCAGCUGGAAGCUCUGCUCCUGAGUUAUUUACAUCUGUUAUAGGUGUUUUCAUCACAAAAGGGGAUGUGGGUGUUGGAACUAUCGUUGGCUCAGCUGUCUUCAAUAUUCUCUGCAUCAUUGGUGUCUGUGGACUUUUUGCUGGACAGGUCGUGGCUCUGUCUUCUUGGUGUCUCCUGAGAGAUUCAACUUAUUAUACACUGUCUGUUGUUGCCCUCAUUGUGUUUAUAUAUGAUGAAAAAGUUUCUUGGUGGGAGUCCUUAGUGCUAGUGCUAAUGUACAUUAUCUACAUCAUUAUUAUGAAAUACAAUGCUUGCAUACAUCAGUGCUUUGAAAGGAGAACAAAGAGUGCUGGAAACAUGGUGAAUGGCUUGGCCAACAAUGCUGAAAUUGAUGACAACAGCAAUUGUGAUGCCACGGUAGUGCUCCUUAAGAAAGGUAACCGCGAAGCAAAUUUCCACCGCAAAGCUUCAGUGAUCAUGGUAGAUGAGCUGCUGUCAGCAUAUCCACAUCAGCUCUCUUUUUCUGAGGCUGGGCUCCGGAUCAUGAUUACCAGCCACUUUCCCCCCAAAACUCGGCUCUCCAUGGCUAGCCGCAUGUUGAUUAAUGAGAGGCAAAGAUUAAUAAACAGCAGAGCAUAUGCAAAUGGAGAGUCAGAGGUGGCCAUCAAAAUCCCCAUCAAACAUGCUGUUGAGAACGGAACAGGGCCAAGCAAUGCCCCAGAGAGGGGUGUGAAUGGGACCCGAAGGGAUGAUGAUGUCACUGAGGCUGGCAAUGAAACUGAGAAUGAGAACGAGGACAACGAGAACAAUGAGAAUGAUGAAGAAGAAGAAGAGGAUGAUGAUGAUGAUGAUGGACCUUAUACUCCAUUCGACCCACCCUCUGGCAAAUUGGAAAUAGUGAAGUGGUUAUUCACCUGGCCACUGAGUCUGGUCUUGUACUUUACUGUACCCAACUGCAACAAACCCCAAUGGGAAAAGUGGUUUAUGGUGACAUUUGCUUCCUCCACUCUGUGGAUUGCGGCCUUCUCCUAUAUGAUGGUUUGGAUGGUUACAAUUAUUGGCUACACGUUGGGUAUUCCUGAUGUGAUCAUGGGGAUCACAUUUCUGGCAGCUGGGACUAGUGUGCCUGAUUGCAUGGCCAGCCUUAUCGUUGCAAGACAAGGCAUGGGCGACAUGGCUGUGUCGAACUCCAUCGGAAGCAAUGUGUUUGACAUUCUGAUCGGCCUCGGCCUCCCGUGGGCCCUACAGACUCUGGCAGUGGAUUAUGGCUCAUAUAUUCGACUGAAUAGCAGGGGACUGAUCUAUUCUGUUGGCUUGCUGUUGGCCUCUGUUUUUGUCACGGUAUUUGGUGUCCACAUGAACAAGUGGAAGCUGGAUAAGAAGCUGGGGUUCGUGUGCCUUUUCCUAUAUGGCAUCUUCUUGUGUUUCUCCAUCAUGACUGAAUUCAACGUUUUCACCUUUGUGAACUUGCCCAUGUGCAGGGAGCACUGA